AUGACGAAGUUGUGGAGCUCGUCGUCUGAGGCGGCGUGGGCGGCGCUCUGGGUUCGCUACGACGAGGUGCUUCAGGCGCAGAAGAGCGACCUGGCGACGCUGGAUGGCUGGUACCUGGACACUUUUCCGCCAAUUGUACAAGCGCGCGAGCCCGAGCCUUACGUGACGCAACAGGAGCUGCAGCACCUCCUGGAGUGGAAGCUAAGGAAGGGCAAAUGGCGUCCCCAGCUGAUGAAGUUCGUGUCUGGGUUGAGCGAGAACGAAGUCAAACAGGCCUCAUUGAACGCAUUUAAAGAGCUCAAGCGCGAGGAUUUACGCGCUGCCACGGAGGCACUGUGCGUCUUGAAAGGGGUGGGGCCUGCCACAGGGUCGGCAGUGCUUGCAGCGUACGAUGAAAGCGUUCCUUUUAUGGCUGACGAGGCGUUGGAAGCGAUUGCCGGCAUUAUUGGUCCGCGCAAGUACACACUACCGCACUUUCUGAGUUUCGCUGAGCAGUUAAGCGCUAAGGCCAAGUGGCUUAACGAACAGCGAGCUGCAAACGACGAUGCGAAAGCCGGAAACACGGGACUAUGGACAGCACAGCGUGUACAGUUGUGUCUUUAUGCCGAGGCACACGACGACUCGUCAGACGAGGUUGCAACUGGUUCCAAGAAGAAAGCACCUUCUCUUGCUGCGAAGCGAAAGCGAGAUAAGCCAGCGACGUCGUCUCCUGCCAAGAAGAAGAAAGAGGAGAAGACACAGGAAGAGCUCGUGAAAGACCAAGAUCAGUCACUGCGUCGGUCCCAGAGGAAGCGACAGCGUCCAGCAGCCUGA